AUGAUAUCGAUAUUCAUACCCAAUAAGUCGAUUACGCCACAUCCGUCGAGUUUCACCGCCAGUAAUCAGAAGCAGUUGGCAUAUUUUGAUGAGAUUGUUCAAGGUUUUAUUCAAGUUCCUCCAACUAAGGAUCUUCAAUUGAGUGUUGAGAUAUUUAUUGUCCCAAGUGAAUAUGACGAUAUUUCAAAAUUCUCCAUUCAGACCUUACCAGUGACCAAAUUGGUGUAUGAGGGAGACCAGUUGAUUUAUGAAUUUGAAACUUCAAUUAAUUACCCUAAGAAGAAGUUGAAUAACCCGAAGAUAAUCUUCAAUGCUGUGAUGAAGAAGAAGAAUAAAGUGAUUGAAAAAUCAUCAACCAUACCUGAUUUCAAACCUAAGGAACGUAAUCUUUUAAGUGAACUUGCUGUGGUUGAACCCACAACGGCUAUAGAACCACUGCAUGAAUCAGAAGAACAAAUACUGUCGGCCAAAUUAGAAAUGCCCGUAAUAACUCCAUUAUUGAUCAAAUUGAAAUCAACUAAACCUGCUGGGAAGAAUAAUAUCUUAUUAAUAUCUUUCAGUAUUGAAGCUUCAGAACUGUUAUUGAAGUUGAAUAAAGAAAUGACUUUGGACAUUUCUAAGUUCAAUAUUGAUUUCAGAGGAAAUCUAAAAAACUUAAAUUUGAUUGAAUUCCCUUUGAAAUUGAAUAUAAAUGAAUCCAUAAACUUGAAUUAUAAACUUGUCAACUUCAAUGAAGAUUCUACCAAACAAUUGAACAUUGAAAUAAACUUAAAAGUCCAUGAACAACACAUUUCCAGUAAUUUAAUCAAUACUUCGUGGUUACCGGUAAUUGAUUUCAAUCUCGUGGCUCCUCCCAUUAACCAAUCAUUGAAAACUACUCAAUCAUCAUUAGCAUUAACCAAAAAACGAUCACCCACAGUUCCUCGAAGAAUUGGAUCCAAUGUCACAGUCAAUCUAAAUAAUUCUAAUCUUUAUGGACUUAAACUUUCAUUCUUAGGUAAAUUAACUAUCGAGACCGGUGAAAUAGUCCAUUGGAAAGUCCAAGCCAUCAAUCAAUCUUUCAAUAGACUCAACCUUUCCAUAAUAUUGAAUAAGACCGAUAAGAAGAAGUUCCACAACUCAGAAUUGAUGUUAACUUAUCAAAAUAUAACAAAUUUCCAAAACUAUACCAACUUGAAACUAGAUAAUCACGGAGUUAUUAUCCUAGAUAAUGAUAUAAGAUUGUCCUUGGACGGUAACUCUGUGUUUGAGACGGAAAUCAAGUUGUUGGGUGUUAGUAAAGGAAUUCAUAACUUAAAUGGAUUGAAUAUCUAUGAUUUGAAUUCUGGUGAUUGUAUAGACUUUGGUAAACUUGUUGAAGUCUUUGUAGUAUAG